AUGGCUUCACCAAAAAAACAAUUCAGUAACGUAUUUGAACAUGUAGACUAUGCCGAUGUUGACAAACUUAAACUACGUAACGAUUUAAUUAAUAAUUCACAACCAACCGAGAUGAAAUUGAAGUACUAUUCCGAACGGGCAAUGAUACGCUUUAAUACGUGUAAAUGGGAUGAAGUUUUGUCUGAUAUUGCUGUCAUCGAAAAGCAUCAAACUUUAUCAGAUUCAUUGUUACUCAUAAAAUGUAAAUCAAGUCUUCAUCAUGAAGCACAUAAGAUUCGCGAUACAUUAAGAUCCACAAUGGGAUUAAAACUAUUGGAUAACAAAGAUCAUAUGAUGUUCUUCAAUGCUAUCAGUCCAGAAACUAUUAAUAAGCUGAUUGGAAAAACGAAGCACAAACGUAACAAUUUAAAACGACUACAACCAUGA